CAGCGGACAUCACCCGCCGAUGCCCAGGUGCUGAGCAGCUCCUGUGUCCAGGAUGACCUGCAUCAAGGCCCCACAGCAGCCCCAGCCCAUCUCCACGGGAGCUACCACCACCACUGCCACCAGCACCACGGGCCCUGCUGGGGGUCAUCGCAGCUCCAUGGAGGGUGACUUGGAGUGCCUGGUGUGCCGGGAGCCCUACAGCUGCACUCGGCUGCCCAAGCUGCUGAGCUGCCAGCACACCUUCUGUGCCGUCUGCCUGAAGCUCCUGCUGUGUGUGCAGGAUGACGCCUGGUCUGUCACCUGCCCACUGUGCCGCAAGGCUACCACUGUCCCCGGAGGCCUCAUCUGCAGUCUGCGUGACCAGGAGCCGGUCAUGGGGCGGCUGGCCUGGCCACGCGAGGAGGUACGGCUCUGUCCUCAGGGGCUGGCAGAUCCCGCCGCCUCGGCCGCAGGACACCCCGGCUGGGCAGAUGAGGACACCAUGAGUGCCAACCGCGUGGCGGCCCGGCGCCUGGCAGCACACCUGCUCCUGCUGGUCUUGCUCAUCUUCCUCAUCAUGCCCUUCAUCUAUGGGGGCAUCAUCUGGUGGGUGCUGACCUUCAUUGUCAUCCUGGCCCUGCUGAUGUCUACCUUCUUCUGCUGCCACCCCGGCAGCCAGGGCAGCUGCUGGUCCUCCCCCAGGACUCUCGUCUGCAGAGAGCAAAAGCCCAGCCAGAUCACUUUCAUUGCCUGAGGGCCUCCCAGGGCAACCCCUCAGCCCCUCCUGCCUCUCGGCCGCUGACUUGCACAGCAGACAGGGUAAGAGUUUACCAAUUGAGACUGGCUCCCUAGGGAGAGUCCAUGCCCGCUGGACCUGCAGGCCAAAACCAGAGUGGCCGUCUUGGGCCAAGAAGUACGUGCUUGGACCGUAGGCUUACACCUGCCCUUGGCAUAGCACACACUGUUGGGGUGGGAGGGGCACGGACUACUUAAAUAUUAUGGGGGGGGUCUGUGCCUCUUAUUCCAAUGCUCCUGUUUUUUUCUUUAUAUAAUUCUAUGAAAGUAUUAAUAGUGACCUUAUUG